UUUUAUAUUUACACAAUUAUUGUUGUUGUUUUCGGGUUACUGUUCUGCUUCGUCGUAUAUUUCACUGUUAGAUCUACGUCUAAAAUAUCAAGGUUGUUUUAAUAUUGAAUGAAAUGAUGUUUUUUAAAAAGAUAAGUUUGUGUAUAUUAUCUGUAGUGAUUUCCUAUGCUGCCCAAAGCAUUUGCAUUAGUAUUCCUGCUCAAAGUAAUACUGUAACAAAAGUAUUUACUGGAUCGCCAUCACAAAAAAUAUUUCAUUUCGAAGUAUCUUUGGCAGCACCUGUGGUAAAGAAUGACGUAUCAUGUUUCUUGCCAGUUACAAAAGAAUGGCAACAAGAUAUAUGCACCAAAUUAAAAUUUGAUUUUUCAAAUCCAUGCGUACAAGGAGAAAUAUGCAAGCCCUUGAAUAUUCCAUCUAAAACCAUUAACAUAAAAGGAGAUGGAAACUGUUUUUUUACUGCACUGUCACUGUGGAUAACUGGUUCAGACAAAUACAAACAUGCAUUGCGAAGUACUCUAGUUGGUUUUAUGAGAAAUUCUGAGAGAAUUUCUUUAAUGAUGGAUCCGAAACAGGAACUCAACGAAUAUUUAGAUACUAUGGCCAUUGAUGGCCAAUAUGCAAAUUUUUACGAACUAUAUGCUGCGGCUGAGAUGUUAAAGACAUCGAUUUACGUUUACUCUAGAGAAGAAUGGCAAUUUAUCAGUAAGGAUGGUGUAGGUGGUCAAGAGAUGGUUGACGGAUGUCUGUAUAUGCUACAUAUAAAUAAUAAUCACUUUGAGGUUGUAGUAGACGUGGAAGAUAAGUAAAUAUAUAAUUUGGCUACACUCAUACAAAUAAAUUAACUCUCAUACCUAAAAAACAUUUUAUUAUUAUUAAUACUAUU